AAACAAAUACAAUCUGUCAAAAAAUAUACAAAAUAAAUAAUUAUAUGCUAAUUCUGUUAAGAAUGUGACAUACAAAUUUUCAAGGAUAAAGCAUUGUUAAGUCCACAAUAUUGUUUUGUCUCUUAUCCAUAUCUUUCUUACUCUUUCUCUAUAAAGCUAGUGUUUGGUUUGAUAUUUUUAUGAGAGUUGGUCUGAAUGGUAGUUCCAUUCAGCCUUUUGGAUAAAAUGAUAACAGAAGAAGAAAAGGCAUGGAUGUUGGUAGAGGGUGAAGAUGAGGAUGAACAAUGCUCAUCUUCAACUACAUCUUCCAUUGGGAAGGACAGCGAUGAGUCAAAAUGCGGUGACAUAGACGAUGAGAAUGAGGUUCAGAAUGCGUAUAAAUAUGAUGAACCAUUCAACAUGAUGGAAUCACUCCAAGACCUUCUUCCGAUCAGGAAGGGAAUCUCAAAGUACUAUGAUGGAAAGUCCAAGUCAUUCAUGAGUUUAGCGAAUGCUGUUUCUUCAUCAUCCGUUAAAGAUAUUGCAAAACCAGAAAAUGCCUACACAAGGCGGCGCAGAAAUCUGAUGGCCUUCAAUCUUGUUUGGGAGAAAAAUAGAAAUUUUCUUUUGAAAAGUAACAAUGGUGCAAUUUCUAAGAGAACAAUAAGCUUGGAUAGAAGCACUGUGGCUCUUGCAUUUGCAAUGAACUGUGAUAGCAGCAGUAGUUGUUCCAGCGAGGAAUCAACUUCAAGCUCAAAUCCUAGGUCUCCUCCACCUCUUCAACGAAGUCAAGUGUCUAGUGCAAGUUCAAUACCAAGCUCUUAUAUUCAACAGAAUUUUUCAGAUUGGCAAUCAUUCUCACUGGCUGAUCUCCAACAGUGUGAUAUAAUUGAAAUGAAUUCCUCCCUGAGAAAUGAAGCUGAGCAUCUAUCACGAUGAACUAAAUAACUCAACUAUGACUGGACUUCUUUGGUUGAAUAUCUGUGUGCUUACCAUUUAUCUCUAAGUGAGUGAGCUGGUGAUUGCACAUGAAACUAAUAAUAGAUCAUUAAAUCUUUAAUUUUAGGGUAUCUGUCUGUCAUAGAAUACAGCAGGCCAUGCAAGCACUGACUCAAUAAACACUGAUUAUUUAUGUCAUUGUAAUUGUUUUUUCUUGUAUGUAUUGGGUCAUCUUCGGAAUUUUAAGACAUCUAGUAAAACGUUCAUGGAGAUUUGAUAUGGAUAAUAUCGUAGAAAAAAAAAUAUGGAAAUU